GAGAUAGGCUGAGGUUAGUGAACCCGACCCCCUUGCGGACAAGAUCGAUUUCUUGCUUGAAGACAACACCCUCGACCUUGCUGACUUGAAACGCCUCGAGGAAUUCAAGAUGUCUUUCGAUCCAUCAGCCCUCUUGGACAACGUUCAUAAAAAGGCCAAGGGCCUGAAGUCAAAAACCUCGACCAUGGCUUCGUCCAAGGGAAAGAAACGGGCACGGGAGGCCGCCCGUCCAACCAUGGUGGAUCUGGGGCAGAGUUCACAAAACCCGACCCCUCCGAAGCAGCCAACCCCUCAACCACAAGUCCGAGCUCGAACCCCUUGUUAUGGGUCGGACCUCUUGGCUGAUGAUGACGACCAUAUGCCCACGAAGUCGCUCGAGGAGUACGCCGAAUGUGCUCUCAUUCAGGGCAUAGUUGAUAAAUAUGAGAAGGAGGUCGAUAUAAACGAGGGAGUUCGGACUCUAGAGCUUCUUACACUGAAGACACUAAGCGUCGCUCGAGGUCUUGGACUUAAGGGUUUGAAUUCUUCAGAUCGCAUAGCCGAGCUCGAAGUCAAGAGCGAGGUUGCGUUCAAGAAGGCCAAGGAGCUAGAAAAGGCCCUGGAGGCGGCGAAGGUGGACCUCAAGAAGGCGGAGGACGAGGUCGAGUUUGCAAGGGGCGAAGCAGAGGAAGCGAAGCUCGAGCUCAUUCACUCGCGAAGCUCUUUUGAGGCAGAGCUUGCAAAGGUUCAAGCUGAAACCCGAGCUCAGGCGAUCGAUGACUUCAAGAAGUCUGAUGAGUUCAAGACUCUCCUGGGUCAGUAUGGGUCUGGCUCGUACUACUAUGGUUUGCGGCUAGCUCGGUCAUUCCUUAGGACGAAGCUCCCCGAGGAUUUAAAGCCUAUAGUGGAGGAGUUAAAGACUGUGAACGAGCUUGCUAAGGACCUCGAGCUAUCCUCCUCCGAGGGUGAUGGGAACGAUGAGGAUGACGAUGCUGGAACCCCCGACAAUGAAGGGGGUAGUGACCAUAUCAACCUAGACUAGACCUUCCCCGACCUCGAGUUUUGUAAUAAUUUUUCUUUUGCUAAUGUUUUCUGCCCGAUCUGGGCUUAUGUACUUUGGUUUUUUAAUAUAUGCAAGUUUAUUGCCCGAA